GACUUACACAGGAUGAAGAUGUUUGGAAGAAUGAUGAGCUGCUGUGUGGCUCUCCUCCUGACCUUCAGCUCUGUGUCAGCUGUAAGACAAAAGCUCAACUCAAUCACUGAUCUGAGGUCAGUAGGCUUUGGCCAGUCUGUGCCUGAGCAGGGCGUUUGGUUGCUCCGCUGGUUUGCCAGUGAAAUUGACAUUGACAUAAAUGGUGACAUAAGUCUGACCUUCGAGCCAACUGGUUAUGAUUAUGGCUCACAUCGAUAUCACAACGAUGAACAGCUGUUAGACCCACUGCCGAGGGGACAUCAAUACUACAGUCUUGGGAAUGUCCGUCAACAAGGAUCGUUGCGACUUCCACAUUAUGUCACUCACCCUCAAUCAGAGCAUGAGUAUGGCAACAGGGCUCGGAUUAUAAUCAGAGUCUGGGAGCAGAAUGUGGGACGGCGAACUUCACAGAGAAUAGACCGAGUCUAUAUCACACAGCAUUAUGAGACAUCUGAACAUCAAGGGACAGAGUAUGAUCCACUACAUACAUAUCGGGUCACUACUAACCUCUUAAGAGCAUUGAGGAGGUUUUUCUUGGACCCCAUUAACUUACUGAUGUCUCUCAGAGAUGAUUCCCAGUUUUCAGAGGAAAGAAACACGUGGGGCUACGUUGCCUGUCUUGGACUAUUGCUGUUAACUGUGAUGCAGGAGAACCAUUCCUCUCACAACAGACGCAUGAAUAUAGCUGUGUAA